AUGGACCACAGGUUUGCAUUUGAAGCACUUGAUCGCACUAUGAGGGACAUUGCAGGGUACAAGAACCCAAACGCAGCAUCUAAGUUAUUUGGUGGGAAGGUGUUAUUACUCGGAGGAGACUUCCGGCAAGUUCUCCCCAUCGUGCCAAAGGGAGGUAGACAAGAAAUUGUCCAGGCUUCGAUCAAUAGAUCCCACAUAUGGAAAGAUUGCAAUGUGUUUAUACUGAAACAGAGCAUGAGGGUACGAGAAGGGAACACCGAGACAGAGAACUACUUUAAGAAUAAGAGGUUUAAUGAAUGGCUGCUAGCUAUGGGAGAUGGAAGGCUUGAAACACAAAAUGAAGAUCACGAAGCCGAAGGAACAUGGAUUGAAAUACCAAGUGAGCAUAUAGCAAAUGUGGAUAUCUUUGAUCUGAAAAUGGUCGUGGAGACAAUUUACCAAAAUUUUGAACAAAGAAGAAAUGAUGCCAACUACUUGAGGGAGAGGGCUAUACUCACACCCCUAAAUGAUACUACGGAUAGCAUAAAUGACUACAUGAUGGGUCUCUUACCCAUAGAAGAAAAGACCUACAAAAGUUGUGAUGAAAUAUGCUUAUCCUCAACAGAAUGUGACCAGCAAUUUGAUGCAUAUCCUACAGAGUAUUUGAACAGUCUAAAGUUACCUGGCUUACCCCACCAUGAGCUAAAAUUGAAAGAAGGAAUGCCGGUCAUGCUUCUUAGAAACAUAAACCCACCACAAGGGCUGUGCAAUGGAACUCGCCUUAUUAUUACACAUCUUGGGAAGUUUGUAAUAGAAGGAAAAAUCAUUACUGGGUCUAAACAGGGAAACAAAGUUUUAAUACCUAGAAUUGUAAUGACAUCAACAUACCACAAACUGCCAUUUAUAUUGAAAAGAAAACAAUACCCUUUAAAGCCUUGCUAUGCAAUGACAAUAAACAAGAGUCAAGGACAGUCACUUUCAUAUGUGGGAGUAUACCUACCGAAUCCUGUUUUCAGUCACGGACAACUCUAUGUGGCAGCAUCAAGAACAACUUCACCAGAAGGCCUAAAGUUUUUUAUUGAUGAUUCUUUACAAAAGUACAAAAGGAGCACAAAGAACAUCGUCUACAAAGAAGUUUUCUCAAACUUACCCUCUGUGUAA